ACCGCGCCUUCUUCCUCCCUUGCCCAUCGUCAAGACGAACCGCCGCACACCGCUCCGUUUCGAUGGCGGCCAUGAAGGUGGUGCUCAAGCUCGACCUGCACGACGACAAGCAGAAGCAGAAGGCGCUCAAGGUCGUCUCCACUCUCCACGGUGUCGACCAGAUCGCCGUGGACACCAAGGACGACAAGAUGACGGUGGUCGGCACCGUCGACCCCGUCCACGUCGUCGGCAAGCUGCGCAGCAAGCUCUUCCCCACGGCGCAGAUCCUCUCCGUCGGCCCGGCCAAGGAGGAGAAGAAAGACGACGCCAAGAAGGAGCCGGUCCCCGCGUACGCGCCGUGGUACCCGCCUCCGCCGCCGUACCACCCGCAACCGUACUACUACGGCCACUGCGCCGGGGACGACCCCAGCUCCUGCGUCAUCUGCUGAUCGAGCUUUACAGUUUGUUUGUCACCGGCCGUCCUGCCAGCCGGUCGAUCGGCGGCGUUCGUUAUGUACCUGGCGGUGUAAGGCGUGUAAGUUGCGCCGGUGAUUCGGCAGAGGUGCAUCUGCUUAGUGUGUAACGUGUAGAUACAGAUUACAGAUUUACAGUAUAUUGUUCAGAAAAGAAUAUCAUCGAGUUGUUAAAAAAGAACUGUGGAGAAGGACCAGAUAGAACUGCUGCAGAUGUUCUUUCAGAGAAA